CCCAGGAGAACUGAGGACCGUUGAGAGUGACAGCUGACUGUGUUUCGUCAAAAGUUUCCAAGGCGGGCGAUCGACUCCGCCUCCACACGACUGCCCGUGAUCAUGAGUUCCUCUCGUUUGACAAGACUGCGCCUUGUCCAUGUGCAGCUCCAGCAGAAUUCAGAGAAACGAGACCUAGAGGAGAAAGUUGAGCAACAUAUUCUGGCGACAGGCACCCUGAAGGGAGCCAUCACCGCUGGUGAGAAAGAACGGGUCGCGCUUGCAGAGAGCCUGGAACGACUCCGGUUAUCGAAAGUGAUUGAGGCCCUUCGUCGAGUCAACUCGAAGGAGGAUUUCAAUGGAGCUCUAGAAGAUUUGAUCAAUCGUCUCGGUGAGAUAUCGGGGAUAGUCAACAGCAUAGACGGCGUCACCAUGAGAAAUAUGCUGCCCCUCGACGUCGACGCCUUCCUCGAGGAGCUGCGAGAUAUGAACGAGGUCUGGCAGAAAUAUGAUGAUACUCCGAUAGAACUCGCAACUCUGCGCCAGGAACUCAAAGAAGUCUGCGAAAAAAUGCGGGAGAUGGAUAGAAACCUUCGCUCGCUGAUAGUUCAGGACAGGAUCGCGAACGCUCUAUGAGAUAGCAGGAAUUGGGAGUGAUCAGAAAUACU